AUGGAUAACAACAACCAACAGCAGGGUGGUAGCUACGGCUCAAGCGAUAACUCCAUGGGAGGAGGAAACAGUGGAAUGGGUGACGAUUCAAGCAACCAGCAAAGCUCAGGAGGCUAUGGAGGAGGACAAGGAAAUGACAACUCGUCCAGCGGUGGUGGAUAUGGAGGGGGACAAAGCAACGAUAACUCGUCCGGUGGUGGAUAUGGAGGACAGAGCAACGACAACUCUUCAGGCGGAGGUGGAUAUGGAGGCAACAGCAACAGCGAUAGCAGCAUGGGGCAAAGUGGUGGUAUGGGAGGACAGGGACAAGGACAAAACCAAAGCUCCGGUGGUAUGGGAGGGUCUUCAGGAGGAUCGGGAGGGAUCGAGGGAAAGCUUGAGCAGGGUGGGAUGCAGGCUGCUCAAGGCUUUGCCAAGAAGGAAGGAUGGUAA